UCCCAAUAAUCUUUUUUCAUCUUCACCGUUUCUUAUACGUAACUCUCUUUACGACCCUCUCUCUCUCUCUCUCUCUUUCAUUCCUCCGGCGAGUGUGCAAGAUGCUGAAGGAAAGACAGGUAUUACCGGAUUCAAGCAACAAGAACAACAGGGUAUCUCCAUACCCGCUACGCUCUUGUCGGAGCAAGAAACAAAAAGAAGCAGAGUCACCUCUUGAGCCAGAGAGUGUGAGUGAAUGGGAAGAUGUGAGGUGUGUGAUCUGCAUGGAGCCGCCGCACAAUGCUGUCCUCUUGCAAUGCUCUUCCUUCUCCAAAGGAUGUCGCGCUUACAUGUGUGACACAAGCGCGCGUCACUCCAACUGCUUCAAACAGUACCGUAGAAACAAGAAGAACACGAGCCGUUGCAAUAGCAAGACUCUGAGCUGUCCUUAUUGUAGAGGAGAGGUUUACGGGACGAUGAAGUCUACUAGCGCAAGGAGGUUUAUGAAUGCGAGACCGAGGUGUUGUUCUAUGGAUAAGUGUGAGUUCUCUGGGAGUUAUUCUCAGCUCAAGACUCAUUUGAAAGCUGAGCAUCCGGGUUUCACACCGCCGAAGUUGGACACUUGGGAGCAUAACGUGUGGGAGGAAGUGGAAAGAGCGGAGUUCUUUGAAAUGAUCAACGCUCGUCAGAGAUGGGAAGCAGAGCAGAGAUUGUUGGCUAACUCUCUCUAUCAGCUUCCACACCAUCAUCAUCAUCAUCAUCACAUGAUAGAUCUCAACCUUGAUGCUUUCAUGCACGAUGUUUUUAUUGGUGUGAGGGGACAAGCAAGUGCCUCCAGUUACCCGGCUCACAUGUCCCAACUUGAGUUCCAUGGAGCCAUGUAUCCUAGUUGGACUCCGUGAAGAUUCUUGUAGUGCCGCCGAUCAAGUUUUGAUGUCUCUUGAUUCUUUUAUCUAAAAUGUACUAUCAGUGUUUAGGUUUUUAUAGUGACAUCAGCUUUGGGUCUAGGCAUAAGUUUUUACUUUUUGUUUGUAUUUAUGUUUAUGUUAGUCAAAGUAUUCCACAGCUGCGAGCUCAUCUUCGCAUAUUCAAUGAAAAUUCUAUCUAAAUGAAAAAAAAUAUUCACAUUUCUUCAUACUUAUGUUAUGAAUGCAAUUUGCAUUACGGUACAUUGCUCAAGUUGCGAGCU